AUAACACAAUCUACUUUUAUCACUAAUUAGAUUAUUAUACCAAUGAAUGUAUAAUGACACAAACCUUAGUGGAAGAGAGCCAGUUGUUGAAAAAGUCAUGUACAGAAUCUAGCCUUGAAAAAGAUGAUUGUAUAUUGGAAAAUUUUUCAUUGAUUCAGAACGAGAGCCAACCUAUUGAAAAUAAAUUAGUAGCAGGCUCUUAUGAACAACCUACAGAUGAUGAUGAGCAAAGUGAUGAAUUUUUUGACUGCAAUUCUGAGCAGCAUGACGAUGAUUCAACAAAGGGGCAAAAUAUUGCAGACAAAGAUAUUAAUGACUUUUGUAGUUGUAACAAUAUAAAGACAAAUUUAGAUAAACCAUACAUCAAUGGUUCUAGAAAAAACUUAUACCCAUAUGUUGUUGUGAAUCCUUCUCAUGAAGCCAUUGAUAUAGACAGUGAUGAAGAAGACUACCAACUUCGAAUGUGUCGAAAUAAUGACAGUGGGCAAGGUUCAAGUGUAGAGACAUCUUCUAUUAAAAGUACCACACACGAAUCUUAUCAUGUAGAAACUAUUACAGACACCUCACAAAAUAAUAGUAGAAGCAAAAAUGAUGAUACUAAGUCAAAGUUGGACAAUAAUAUUAUUGAUGUUUUGCAAGACAUUGACUUAUCAACAGAACCAUCAUUACCAGUUCAUCGAACUUCUAGUUUUAUUAGUAGAAAAAUUCCAGAAGCCAAUGCAAAAAUAACAAAUAGCAAUUUUACAGAUAUUCCACUUAAUCCUCCCUCUCCUAGCAAAAUGCUUAACACAUAUACACCUCCAAAAAACUCUUCUGAUCAUAUUGAUGGAUUGUCUCAUGAACACCCAUUCAAACCACCUGCUGUCAUGGACACACCACCAAAGACUGGGCUUCCGAAACGAAGUCACCAAAAAUCUUGGAAAGUAUUUGGUAAGGUUGUUGUACCAGUGUCUGUUAAUCCCUCACUUAAGACAAGUCCUGGAAGUUUACGAAAGCAAAAGAAAGAAACGGUAGGUUCAUCCACCACGGCGCUUAUACUGGAAAACAGACCAGCUCAUUUGCCACCAAAAUCGCCAAAAGAAGAGCAAAGGCACAGAGAACAAUAUGCUGAAAUGAUUGCCUUGGCGAAACGUAAAGAACUUAAGGACCAAGAAAACGAGAAAAAGAAAUUGAAGGAGAGACGUAAAUUAGAGGAUCAGCUGUCCAAUGUGGUCAAAGUAUGGAAAGAAGAAAUUAUACCGAACUGGCAAACCUGUAAAAAUUCGAAGAAGGUGAAAGAUCUUUGGUGGAAUGGUGUACCUCCAAGUGUCCGUGGUGUUGUUUGGAGCUUGGCUAUAGGAAAUGACCUACACAUGACUCCUGAACUGUUUGUGAUAUUUCAAGAACAUGCAAAAGAAAGAUCAAAAAUGCAAAGAAAUGUCGAACCGAUAAACAGUGUUCACAAUUCAGAAAGUUCGUUAGUAGUUAGUAAAGAAAACACGAUUGGUUUAAUAUCAUUGGAUGUCUCUCGAACGUUUCCAGCUUUGUGCAUUUUCCAGAAGGGUGGUCCCUACCACGAACCUCUAAAAACUCUUCUUGCUGCAUACACCUGUCACAGACCGGAUGUAGGAUAUGUACAAGGCAUGUCGUUUUUGGCUGCAAUGCUUCUACUUAACAUGGACCUUACUGAAGCUUUCAUCUGUUUCACCAACUUGUUGAGUCGUUCUUGUCAAAUGGCUUUCUUCACUGUCAACCAAGCAUUGAUGGAAGCAUACUAUCGAACGUUUGAUGUUCUUCUUGAAGAACAGCUCCCACGAGUUCAUAUGCAUUUUAGGGGAGAAAAUUUGAGUCAUGAUAUAUAUCUUAUCGACUGGAUAUUUACGCUGUUUAGCAAAUCUUUACCUUUGGACACAGCCUGUCGUGUUUGGGAUUUAUUUUGUAGAGAUGGAGAAGAAUUUUUAUUUAGAACUGCACUCGGGAUUCUACUGAUGCACGAAGAGGCACUUUUGGAAAUGGAAUUCUUUCGAUUAGCGCAAUAUCUUACAAAACUCUCCAACACAAUCACAGCUGACGAAUUAUUUCAGUACAUUGAAAAAAUUAACUUCUCCAAAUCUAAAUUCCAGCAAACUCUUCAAACUUUCAAAUCACGCGCCAAAUCUUACUUACCAACGUAAUGAAUGAAACGCUAUGUUCAUAAUAAUAAUAGUGUAAAUAAUAUUUUUAUAGUUCAAUGAUAAGACUUGUAAAUAUCUGCUGGUCAGUUAAACCACGCUUCUGCUGGUCAGUUUAACUACGCUUAUUUUUCAGUUUAGUCUUCGCCACAAAAAAACUGUAUUUUUCAGUCAUUGAAAUGUGCUUAAUAAAGCAAUAUAUACAAAAAGAUUUGACGGUUGGUAAGCUGUCGACAAUAGUCAAGUAUACGAAACGUUAAUCAACUAUGGAUCUAUUAAAAUUUCUUAAAAUAAGUUUUAAAUUUUAGUUUAGAAUAACGCUGUUUGCUUUUAUGGUUUUCAAAAAUUAAUUCUGUAAGAAAAUUAAUUUAUAUCCUGAUUUAGCGCACCUAUAUUGAAACGUCAAUUUAGCGCACCUAUGUUGAAAUGUCAAUUUUUCUGCUAUAUCUUUUACAACGCUUUUUAUUCUAGUCAAGCUUUUCCAAUAUAUAUCUUUAUCUUAGGUGGAGAUUUUUUGUCAUGUUUAAACUGGUUUUGUUAUGAGAAUGAAAUGAGCAAAAAAAAAAAAGAAAUUUCACGAUACAGUUUUUUUACAGAACAAUGUCCAAUUUUCUUAUGUUUUCCUCGCUAAAAUUUUGAAUAAACCGAGAAUUGUGAUAUAAGUUAGGAAAUUAUUUGACUUGAUAUGCUAGCUUUUUCAAAUUUUCGUAACGUAAUAUGUAUGAAGUAUCAAGUCACAACCUUGUCAACAACAACCCUAAAAAGACGUGGGCGUCAUGGUUAAUAUUAUGGUGAUGUAAAUGAGUGUUUCAUACACGUGCAUUCCCGAUGAGUGGCGUGAAUUUUAACCAAUAACUGAGUUUUAUUCUACUUCAAACAAUUGAGUUUUCUGUGCAUAACUCAAAUUUGGUUUUAGCAAAAUUAUCUAGGUACAUGCAUGUCGUUUGGUUUUUAUUAAUUUUCGGUUUAUAUUUUUAAUUUUUCUUAUUUUAGUAUAUGGGACAUCUUUAAACUUGUUAUACAAUCAAUUAUUUCUAUUUUUUUACAAAUAAAGAUAAGAAAGUCUA